GCUGACAUUUAAAUGGUGCGGACCCGCUGGGAUGGUUCCGGGGAUCCUCAUUAAUGGGCUCUUUUAUUCGAUCCUUAUUUCACCUAAUUUAGAGAUAAUGGUCCCGGUGGAAUAUCAGUAAAGUUGCUUACAUAAAAGAUGACCAACCAAACGCAGGAGACGUGAUAACCUGAAGCUAACCUGGUGCUAAACCGAGCCUGUGGCGAUGCUUCAAGCCAGUAUGGACGGCUGUCAGUUCGCGCUUAUCGCCGUUCUUCUAACGGCUGGUUCGGUUGUCGGGAACCCGGAGACUCUCGCUCAUGAAGACGGUGCUCCACCUUCAAGAAUUGCUGUGGUUGGAGCAGGGAUAGGAGGCAGCGCCACGGCCCAUUUCCUUCGACAACACUUCGGCCCGGAGGUUCAGGUGGACGUCUUCGAGAAGGGCGAGGUCGGAGGCCGUCUGGCCACCGUGACAGUCAACAACAAUGAAUACGAGUCUGGAGGCUCCAUCAUUCACUCCCUUAACUUGCACAUGCAGGAGUUUGUCAAACAGCUGGGUUUAAAAUAUCGGCGGAAUGUAGCGGGAAAGACGGCGGUUUUUAACGGCGAAGAGGUGAUUUUGGAGGAGACCGACUGGUACCUGUUGGACCUAUUCCGCCUGUGGUGGCGCUACGGGAUCAGCUUCAUACGGCUGCAGAUGUGGGUGGAGGAAAUUAUGGAGAAAUUUAUGAGGAUUUAUAAAUACCAGGCUCACGGCUACACCUUCAGCUCCGUGGAGGAACUCCUGGACUCUCUGGGAGGUAGCGGCUUCAUCAACAUGACCAGAAGGCCGCUCUCCGAUUCGCUGCUGGAGCUGGGCGUGUCGCAGCGUUUCAUCGAUGAAGUCAUCGCUCCCAUCAUGAGGGUCAACUACGGACAGAAUGUCAGCAUCCCUGCCUUUGUAGGCGCCGUUUCUCUGGCUGGUGCCCAGAACAACCUGUGGGCGGUGGAAGGAGGCAACAAGCAUGUGUGUCUUGGACUCCUGAAGAUGGCUAACGCUAACGUACUGAAGGCACAGGUCACCUCCAUUUCCCCUGUCCGCUCAGGGGAUAUGCUGCAGUACCAGCUGAGCUACUCCAGUGAAUCAGGAGCCGGAUCGGAGCUGUACGACAUCGUUGUUUUGGCGACGCCGCUACAGGCCAGCGUUGGUUCUGGACUUCAGUUCCAAGACUUCGCUCCUCCCCUGGACGAGCUGCCCGGCAGCUAUCACGGCACUGUGGCGACAAUCGUUCACGGUUACCUCAACACGUCUCUUUUCGGUUUCCCGGACCCCCGCCUGUUCCCUUACGCCAGUGUCCUCACCACUGAGACGGAUGGCCUGUUCUUCAACAGCGUGGCCAGCGUCUGUCCCGUCAACAUCUCUGCCGGCUUUCGCCGCAAGCAGCCGCAGGAGGCCGGAGUCUACAAGGUGUUUUCGCCUCAGACAUUGGACAAGUCUCAACUCAAAACACUCUUCAGGUCGUACUAUUCAGCCCAGGUGACGGAGUGGCAGGCCUACCCUCACUACGGCAGCAGCCAGGGGCUGCCGCCUAUAGAGCUGCACCCCAAUCUCUAUUACCUCAAUGGCAUCGAGUGGGCCGGCAGUGCCAUGGAGAUGAGCUCAGUGGCGGCCAAGAACAUCGCCCUGCUGGCCUACCACCGUUGGAACAAACAGUCGGACAUGGUGGACCAGAAAGAUCUCAUGCAUAGAAUCAAAACUGAGCUCUGAUCCUCUGAAAUCUGCUGUAAACAUCUUUUUUUGUUCUUGCUUUUUUUUGUGGGAGGGGACCAGAAAAGUGUUUGAUAAGAUGGUGAUACAAGCGUACAGAAAAGCCUCAGCCUUUUUUUUUAGAGGAUAUAAAGGAACUUGACCUAGUUUCUAAAUAAAAGUAUAAAUAUGAUUUGUCAUAAAUAAAACUCAUGUAUUGGACUAUUUUAAAGCGAACCUAAAACCCAAUGAUUUGGAUUCCUGUUUUACAAUAGCUACAAAUAUUACAGAGGAGAGCUGAUGCAGAGGCUGUACCACGAAGCGAGCGCAACAUAGCCAGGUUACUUCCAGCCUAUCCAGUUUAACUAAUCCACAACAAUGGCAAUCAGGAUCAGCGGUACCAAGAAGCUGGUUACCAACUCUAACUAGACCAAGCUAGAGCUGAUCAUGAACCUCUGAACGUGCAUGGAUAAAGGGGCAGGUUCGAGGUAGCGGACAAUCAUGAUCAUAGAAGGGAGAGCUCCAUAGUUCUUCUGUGAGGACCAAAAACCCAUCUUACAGAAAUAAGGGGCGGGGUCUCAAUGAAAGUUCAAACAGGGUGGCGGCAUGAAAGAGACGCCACAUAUCGUGGCAAAGGAUUGCUGCCUGCUUAAAGGUAUAGUGGAGGAUUUUCGUGAAUUUUUGAAAAGACCUGCCCUCUCCACUUAAAAAAAAGAAGUAGAAACUUAACAUGCACAACCCUGUACCCACUCCUGAGAAGGAAAUCUUAUUAAACACUUCUCCUCGUGCACUCUCCGUUUAAAAGUUGUUUGCAUAACUCAUAAAAGCUUACUUUCCAAAAGAAGAUUUGCAAUUUUUCCACUAUGUCAGGCUCACCACCAGUAAGUGAAAAUUCGACGAGCACGUAGGACGGCCUUACGUAAACAUAUCAGCAGAAUGAUUGACAAUUAGGAGGACCACUUAUUUAGAUGAUCCACCCAGAAAUAAAAGAUCGUCCUUUAUACCUUUAAAUGCAAAAGUUACACAUCAGUGAUGUUUAAUAGCCUGCAUCCCAAUCAGUCUGCUGCAUAUUAAUAAUUUGCCCCUCAGGAGUCAAGAGGACUUGAAUUACCUCAAUGUCUUUUCUACUUGAAUGAAACUUCUUAGUAUUUCUGUUUCAGUCUGAUACAGACUCUCUGUGCAUGAUCAAUGUUAAAUUACACAGAAACAUUACAGAAUAGUAAAUGGUUGGUGUCAAAAAGGAGGCAAAAUAAAUGAAUUAAUUAAAAACUUCAAUUUGUCAAGAACAUAUUUUAAAGUUUCUUUAUUAAGAUAUUGUUGUGUUGAAGUUAUUUUUUCCCCUCUGAAUUAAAUCGGGUCUUCAAUGAAAGGAGACGUCAUUGUUUCCCAAACAGCUGAUUGGCUCCUGGAUAGAACUUUUUCUAGAAUUCAGAUCCUUCCUCAAAGCUUGCAGUUCAGAGUAUGUUACCAUGGUGACUAGCCUCGUUAAUAAUGAAUCCAGCUUUGUGGUACCGGGAAGUCAGGGUUAAACCUGAAGUCUUUGCUAAGCCAUUAAUCCUGCUUCGUGGUACAGGCCUGAUUGGACAGUUUUGUUUUUUUCCCCCUUUUUUUAAAUAAAAAUUAUCCACCUAGUAUAUAAUAAUCCAUUAACUAACUGGAUUGUUGGACUGUUACCUUCAUUUGGACGAGUGGUGAAAGGACAUUAAAUACCUGUAAGGGUAUAGAUACUGCAGUUGCAUAUAGAUUAUCUUUUUUUUACUUUAGAAAAUGUGGCUGGUUUACAUUUAAUGGUCCAAUGAUCUUAGCACAUUAGAAUAUGAUUGGAAGUUUUAUUUAUUUCAGAAAUGUAAGUAAGAACAGUGAAAGUACAUGUUGAUAUACUUUAAUGGUUUGUUUGUUUUACUGCGGAUUAUUUGUACAUACAUUUUCAGUCGAUUGGAGCAGGAAGUUGGCAAAAAUGUUCUGGAAAAUGGCUGCAAUUACCUUGGACUUGAUAUAGGAAACAGUGGCCCAUCAUCACCAGCAGGUGACACGGUACCCAGAAGAACCAUCACUGUCUGGAAAAUCUUCACAUUGGACCUCAAGUGUCUUGGAUUAUGUGCCUCUCCAAUGUUCCAUUAUUUCUGAAUGAAAUACAAAUUUACUUUGAAUGGUAAACUCUGUCCGCUAAGUUACGGUCCCGUUAUUUAUUUAUUUACAGCCCAGAUAAGACCCUGUGGGUGCCAUCUCUGGUUCAGAAGUGGUUUAAAGCUAGAUAACAAACUGCUGUAGUCCA